AUGUGGUUUUUUAUGCAGCCCAAGCACUUCUUAGUAGUGAUUGGGGGGGGUGGGGGGGGGGGGGGGGGGGGGGGGGGGUGGGGGGGGGGGGGGGGGGGGGGGGGGGGGGGGGGGGGGGGGGGGGGGGGGGGGGGGGGGGGGGGGGGGGGGGGGGGGGGGGGGGGGGGGGGGGGGGGGGGGGGGGGGGGGGGGGGAGGGUGGGGGGGGUGGGGGCGGGGCGGGCGGGGGGGGGGUGGGGGGCGGGGUGGGGGGGGGGGGGGGGGGGGGGGGGGGGGGGGGGGGGGGGGGGAGGGGGGUGGGGGGGGGGGGGGGGGGGGGGGGGUGGGGGGGGGGGGGGGGGGGGGGGGGGGGGGGGGGGGUGGGGGGGGGGGGGGGGGGGGGGGGGGGGGGGGGGGGGGGGGGGGGGGGGGGGGGGGGGGGGGGGGGGGGGGGGGGGGGGGGGGGGGGGGGGGGGGGGGGGUGGGGGGGGGGGGGGGGGGGGGGGGGGGGGGGGGGGGGGGGGGGGGGGGGGGGGGGGGGGGGGGGGGGGGGGGGGGGGGGGGUGGGGGGGGGGGGGGGGGGGGGGGGGGGGGGGGGGGGGGGGGGGGGGGGGGGGGGGGGGGGGGGGGGGGGGGGGGGGGGGGGGGGGGGGGGGUUGGGGUAUGUUUGGAUGGGUGUAUGAGUGGUGGGGGAGGGGGUAGGGUGGGUAGGUGGAUGGUUAAUGUUGAGGUGUAG